CGCGCCACACGAGAGCCCGGCAGCGCGGGGAGCGGUCGCGCCGUGCCCGCCCCGCGGCGCCCCCCUUCCCCCCCCGACCCCUUCUCCCUCCACCUCCUCUUUUUCCUCCUCCUCUCGGCUCGCCGUCCCCCGCCCGCCUCCAGCCGGGCUGGGCUGCCCGAGCCGCCUGGGUCGGGUUUGUUCGGGCGGGGCUGCAGCCGGAGCGCGGCGGCGGCGGGGAUGCUGCUUUCCAAAAUCAACUCGUUGGCCCAUCUCCGUUCCGGGCCCGGCGCAGAGCUGCACGCCGCCAAGCUGCCCGCAGGGAAGGAGAAGGAGCCGCUGGAGAAGCUGUACCAGGUGGGCCCGCUGCUGGGCAGCGGGGGGUUCGGCUCCGUCUAUUCGGGGAUCCGCCUCUCCGACAGCGCCCCGGUGGCCAUCAAACACGUGGCGAGGGACCGCAUCUCCGAGUGGGGCGAGCUGCCCAGUGGCACGCGCGUGCCGAUGGAGAUCCUUCUGCUGAAGAAGGUGGGCACAGAUUUCCGCGGCAUCAUCCGCCUCCUCGAUUGGUUUGAACGUCCCGACAGCUUCGUGCUGGUGCUGGAGCGGCCAGAACCGGUGCAGGAUCUCUUUGACUUCAUCACAGAACGGGGGGCCCUGGCGGAGGAGCUGGCGCGGGAGCUGUUCCGCCAGGUGCUGGAGGCCGUGCAGCACUGCCACGACCGCGGCGUGCUGCACCGCGACAUCAAGGACGAGAACAUCCUCAUCGACCUCGCCACCGGCGAGCUCAAGCUCAUCGACUUUGGCUCUGGUGCCCUCCUCAAGGACACCGUCUACACUGAUUUUGAUGGCACGCGGGUCUACAGCCCGCCGGAGUGGAUCCGCUACCACCGGUACCACGGGCGCUCGGCAACGGUGUGGUCCCUGGGCGUGCUGCUGUACGACAUGGUGUGCGGGGACAUCCCCUUCGAGCACGACGAGGACAUCCUGCGCGGCCAGGUGUACUUCCGGCAGAGGGUCUCUCCAGAGUGCGAACAUCUCAUCCGGUGGUGCCUUUCCCAGCGCCCCUCGGACAGACCGUCUUUUGAGGACAUCUCCAACCACUCCUGGAUGCAGAGUGUCCACCUAUCCCAGGAGGCGGCAGAGAUCCACCUGCACAGCUUGCUUCAGGAGACGGGCAAAUAACAUCUCUGGUGUCUCCCGUAAGGAAUGGACCGUUGUCUUGGGAUUGUGGGAUUGAGUUGAGAUCAUCGCUCGGCGCCGUGCAGUUCUCUGGAGCCAAACUCACCCAGGGGUUGGAUCCCAGCUGGACUCGGACUCAGUGGUCCUAUCUCACUUGAUGUUUUUUUUCAGUAAACUUUGGGGUUUGGGUUCUGUCUCUGGGGGCUCCCAUGAGUCUUCCUGGCCUGCUGAAUUCGGGACUAUGAGAGGAUUGGAACUCUGAAAAGCUUCAAUGGGGGGAAGGCUGUCUGGGGAGGGCAGGGCAGGUGCUCUGGUCUGUGUGCCGUCACCAUCUUCGAGUGCCUUCAGUAGUGACGUGGGCUGUGCUGGAGGAAAUACUUGAAUUUUCCUACGCUGCUGCUUUUCCAUGCCUCACCUGGGUGCAGAGCUACUUUUCCCAGAAGGAAGCAGGUCAGGAGGAGCUCAGAGCCCUGCAGCAAUGCCUUCCCCGAGCCCUCUGCUUCCCAAUGCACAAACAAUGCAACCCAACAGAGCUGUAAAUGCGUGUACAGAGUUAUUAUACAGGAGCAAAGCUUGGUGUACAGUUGUUAA